AUGUUCGGAGGACCACCACCACAAAUGAGCGCCGCUGAACUCAAGGCUGCAGAGUCUGAGGCUACUCUCACCGUGCAGAAGGUUAUCGUUGGAGCCGUUCUGCUGUACUUGUCACCGUUCGCGAUCGAUGCUGUGAAGAAGCUUGUUUAAGGGGGCGGGAACGGACAGAUGGCUGUACGGAGACGGAUUCGAGGCGUACACUAUGAUGGACAUAUUGCAUGGCAGAGGCGCUGGAAUGAUUAAUGGGUGCAUAAGGGAUACCUCGAUAUGACAGAUGGGCAUUGUAAAAUACAAAUAGACAUACUCAACUACAUAAGGAUGAAGUUAUGUUACCACCCUAAAAACUUAGCCAGGAG